GCGUGGCCUCGGGCUCCGCCCACCGCCUUCGGGGCGGGGCGCGCGUGCGCCCUGCUCCCCGCCUCGCGGGGACUGCUGGGCCGGAAGACGCGAGUCUGCGGCGAGCGGGAGCCGAACGGCGGCCUGGAAGAUGUGGCGGCCGGCCCAGCUCUGCCGCGUCCACUCUGCCCUGCUGCGGAGUGGGCGGGAGCCCUGCCCGUCCCCUGCCACCUUCUUCAGGAGAAGCCUCAGGGUCCUGCCUGCAAGGUGGUCCCUGAGACCCCGGCCUCUGUGGAGGAAGGCGCUGUCUGCCACGGUGAUGGGGGUACCCCUGCUUCUUGGGAUCCGCUAUUUCACCGCAGAGCCUCAGGAGAAGAGAAGGAUGAGGCUUGUAGUGGACGGUGUCGGGCGCUUCAGCAGGUCUCUGAAGGUCGGCCUCCAGAUCUCCCUGGACUACUGGUGGUGUGCAAACGUCGUCCUGCGAGGGGUGGAAGAGAACAGCCCGGGGUACUUGGAGGUGAUGUCUGCAUGUCACCAGCGGGCGGCUGACGCGCUGGUGGCCGGGGCCAUCAGCAACGGGGGCCUCUACGUGAAGCUGGGCCAGGGGCUGUGCUCCUUCAACCACCUGCUGCCCCCGGAGUAUAUCAGGACCCUGCGUGUGCUGGAGGACAGGGCCCUCACCCGUGGCUUCCGGGAGGUGGAUGAGCUAUUCCUUGAAGACUUCCAGGCCCUACCCCACAAGCUCUUCCAGGAGUUUGACUACCAGCCGAUCGCUGCUGCGAGCCUGGCCCAGGUGCACCGAGCCAAGCUGCACGAUGGCACGGCCGUGGCUGUGAAGGUGCAGUACAUCGAUCUGCGGGACCGCUUUGACGGCGACAUCCACACUCUGGAGCUCCUGCUCCAGCUCAUCGAGUUCAUGCACCCCAGCUUCGGCUUCAGCUGGGUCCUCCAGGACCUGAAGGGCACCCUGGCCCAGGAGCUGGACUUCGAGAACGAGGGCCGAAACGCUGAGCGCUGUGCACAGGAGCUGCAGCACUUCCGCUAUAUCGUGGUCCCCCGCGUGUACUGGGACACGUCCAGCAAGCGUGUGCUGACAGCUGAAUUCUGUGAAGGCUGCAAGGUCAACGACGUGGAGGCCAUCAAGACCAUGGGGCUGGCAGUGAAGGACAUAGCAGAGAAGCUCAUUCAGACUUUUGCUGAGCAGAUAUUUUACACAGGCUUCAUCCACUCUGACCCCCACCCUGGCAAUGUUCUGGUGCGGAAAGGCCCAGAUGGGAAGGCACAGCUGGUGCUGCUGGACCAUGGGCUCUACCAGUUUCUGGAUGAGAAGGACCGGGCAGCCCUGUGCCAGCUGUGGCGGGCCAUCAUCCUGAGGGACGACGCGGCAAUGAAGACACACGCAGCCGCACUUGGGGUGCAAGACUAUAUCCUCUUCUCCGAGGUGCUCAUGCAGCGGCCUGUGCGCCUGGGGCAGCUGUGGCGCUCGCACCUGCUGAGCCGCGAGGAGGCAGCCUACAUGCAGGCCAUGGCGCGAGAGCACUUCGCGGACAUCGUGCGGGUGCUCAAGGCCCUGCCGCGGUCCAUGCUGCUCGUGCUGCGCAACAUCAACACCGUGCGCGCCAUCACCACCACCCUGGGCGCCCCUGUUGACCGCUACUUCCUCAUGGCCAAGAGUGCGGUCAGGGGCUGGAGCCGCCUGGCGGGUGUGGCGUACCAGAGUGUCUACGGUGCCAGCCUCCUGCGCCACAUCAAGGUCAUCUGGGAGACAUUCAAAUUUGAAGUGGCCCUAAGGGUGGAGACCCUAUCGAUGCGGCUCACUGCCCUCCUGGUUCGGCUGUUGUUCCAGCUGGGCCUCCUGCCGGAGACCCAGGAGCUCUCCCAGUACCUGGAGACCUAGGGAGCCCCAGGGACAGCAGACCUCAGAGCUCACCCAGCGUCCAAGCAACAGAUCAGGGCUGAAGGUGCACGUGCCCCAAGACCGGGGGCGCCGAGGCAGCGGUGGCCUGGAGCGGGUGUGGGGGACAACACGGGGCUGUGGCCACAGCCCAGCCGGGAGACCCUGUAAUGACCACAGACUCUCUUCAAAUCA